GCGGGUCAAAUUUUCUAAAUGACGCUCGCGUUAAGUAACAUUGCGCGCUAGCUUCUUUUCCCGCACGAUCUCGAUCGCGACUCUCGUUAAUAGUGCCCACGAGUAUAUAAUCACUAAGCUUAUCGGUAUAUUGUUCACAGUAUGUGUCAUCAUCAAAAUUGUUGAAUAAAAAAAUAACACAUUUGUAUCGGGCGCGCGGUACACGUUCCUCGAUCGCUUCCCCCUGAUCGCCCGCCGCGUGCUGGUCGGUUCACCGUAUCGUUUCCCCAAGUUUCGAAAGUAAACACAGUUCUAAGAGUUUCAUACGAAUGCGGACACUCGUACGUAUCCGCAUAUGUCAUAUACUUACAUAUAACGGAGCUGAUGAAAAUAUUACCAAUCAAAUAAACAGACGAGGAUCGAAUGGAAGUUUCACGACAAGACGUUCAGCUUCGUUUUUUUUUUUUAUUUUUAUUUUAUUUCUUCGAUUUAUCAUGAUACGUGAGUGAAUUAUUAUUUCGUUAAAUUGUAUAUGACAGCAUUGAAAAGUUGCAACUGAAAAGAUUAAAAUGCCUCGCCGUUCGGUAUAUUAAAUAGCGAUAAUCGCGGGUCAUAAUUUUCAAAGGAUCUACCGUGUAUUUUUCGGAGUCAUCUAACCGCGGUAUACAAAGAGCGUUUAAACUUUCGGUACUGCAACCGCGCGCGCUCUUUGCUCAUUGCGUUUUCAUACCGGGCAAAAUUCCGGAUUUAAUUGUAUUGAACUCGUGUUGACAAAUCACGCCGACGAUCUCUCUUCUCUUUCUCUCCCAUUAUAUUCAGCACGCACACAACUUUAUUCCCCGGUAAUUCACAUGUUCGAGAUUUCUAUGACAUAGUCAAACUCGUCCUCUUCGAGCCGCACACUACUCGCGAAUCUAUAUUAUAGCUACGUAAAAUCACGAAAAUAUUUGUAAUCACGGGCAACUAUAUUUGGAUCAUUAUCGUCAGUUCGACCUAACAAGUACCCCAACGACGAUCAUUUGUUUUUCUUGGAACCUCCCCGCCGCCGCCGCCGCCGUCGCCGCCCUCGCGUGUAAACGCAAAGCUCAGCCCCGCCGACGAUAAGCAGCAGCAGCAGCAGCAGCAAAAUCAGCAGGAAAAUUUCGCCAAAACCCUCGUAAAAAAAUCACACAAUCCCGAAACUCGAUUGCCGUACGUUCUCGCACAAGCGUCCUCUGACUACUCUCGAUAGCCAGAUUCACCCAAACGCGCCGACAUCGUAGAAUGGUAGAAGGUGAACCCGACUCAAAGCACAAUCAUAAGUGUGAUGUAAAAGACGAUCGCCUAAACGGCUGCGGUUCAAAGGACCUAGAACUCGCCGGUAUUGGGUCAAAGGGCAAAACUUUGGACCCCGAGAAAGGAUCGUACCUCAAAGCAGAUUUCGAGAAGGCCAUCGAACUUACCGAAUAUGGCAAGUUUCAUUACUUCCUACUCGCGGUAUGCGGGUUUGUCAGCACGAGCGAGGAGAUGGACGUAAUUUCUAUGUCUUUUAUUUUGCCGAGUGCACAAUGUGACCUAAAACUCGAUACCCAAGCCAAGGGAUGGCUCAAUUCCAUCAUCUUCAUAGGAAUGAUGGCGGGUGCUUACGCGUGGGGCUCAGUUGCCGAUGCAUUGGGUCGACGCAAGGUACUCAUCGCCAUCUCCUUCAUGAACGCCGUCUGCAUCGUUGCUUCCAGUUUCAGUCAGUCCUAUGAACUCUUCAUGUUUUUCCGUUUUUUGAACGGAGCUGCCCUUGGUGGUAGUGGACCGGUAAUCUGGUCAUACUUUGCAGAAUUCCAGCCCAAGUCCAAGCGUGGCUCUAUGCUCUCCUUUAUGGCAGCAUUUUGGACCCUUGGUAAUCUCUUUGUUGCUGGACUGGCGUGGUUGAUAAUCCCUCACGACAUUGGUAUCACGAAUUUGACUUUCACAUACAACUCUUGGCGAAUAUUCCUGCUGAUCUGCGCUGUUCCCUCCUUCAUCGUCGCGGGGCUGCUCCUGCUGCUCCCAGAAUCUCCAAAAUAUCUUUUGUCACGUGGUCGAUAUGAGGAAGCUCUUAAUAUCUUCCGUGGCAUUUAUGCCAUCAAUACCGGCAAACCGCGUGACAGUUACACGGUAAAAGAGUUAAUCCUCGAUGACCUUUAUCGUGAACCGGAGCCGGUCAAAACUGGUGCUCCUGAAAAGAACAAGUACAAGAUAAUGCUCGGUGACAUAAUGGACAAUAGUAAACAGCUAUUUGUCUCGCCGAUUUUACGCUUCACCAUUAUAUCGAUCAUCAUCAAUUUCACUUUUCACAUCGGUUAUUACGGCCUCAUGAUGUGGUUCCCAGAAUUGUUUAAUCGUUUCGACGAGUACAAUCGCGAUCAUCCGAAUCAGAGCGCCUCCAUUUGUCAAGUCACCGAUUACGUUGUCAACAACGGAUCUCACAGUAUCGAACGAGAGUGCACCAAUAAAAUUGAAUCCAAUGUAUUUAUGGAAUCUCUCAUAACCGUUGCGUCCGCCAUACCGGCAAAUAUACUCGCUGUUCUUGGUAUGGAUCGUCUUGGACGCAAGUUCUUUCUUGUCUUCAGUACUCUUUCGUCAGGUGGUUGCGCCGUUGGUUUGUACUUUGUGUUCAGCAAGACCCAGAAUCUCAUCGUAUCGGCGACAUUCAGCGGUGUCAUAAGUUGCGGGAACGCAGCUUUGGAUUGUCUCAUCACCGAAGUAUUCCCGACGAAUUUGCGAGCAACCGGUAUCGCUAUUUCAAUGGUUGCGGCUCGUCUCGGUGGUAUUAUUGGCAAUCUCGUCAUAGCUCAGCUAUUGGAUCUGUAUUGUCCAGCUCCAACUUUUAUCGUUGCGGCUCUUCUCAUAGGAGGAGGUUUGCUGUGCUUAUUUUUACCGAACACAACGCGCGAACCACUCUCUUGACACCACCAAAACACAGCAGCUCUACCUGAUAAUUCCAUAUGUAUAGUCAUUAUGCAUUUUCUUUUGUAUCAAAGUAUAAAGCAUUUCAAAGGAGGACUAAAUGUAAAGACGAAAAAAAAAGACAACGAGACGAGGGAUCGAGGAAAUCCAACGACUGCGCAAACGUGUCUCUAAAAAAAGACGAGAAAAAUUAAAUGUCGUUCAAGUUGAUAUAUAUAUAUAUAUAUAUAUAUAUAUAUAUAUAUAUAGCGGAGAUAUAAAGUAAAAUUAUUAUUAAUAUCGAAUUGAUUUUCAAACACCGACGAAAUAUUUAUAUGAUAUCGCACGUUGCACAAACGGGAAUUCGUUGAUUUUGGAUAUACAUUUCAUAUGUUUUAUAUUAUCAACGGAAUGUUGGUUCUCUAUGCGUGUGAAGGAAAAAUAGAGAAAAAAAAAAUGAAAAAUGUGAGCGUCCGAAGAGCGAUAAAUCAACGUGCACCGAUUAACUCGGCGGUUUGCUGCAGAGCAAUAUUGACGCCAAAGUGCUCAAGUCUCCCUAUAGAUAUGUAACAGUAAUUAACUGCGUGCGUUUUUGUUUUCUUUCACUUCUCGUCGUACACACACGUUUAUCCUUAAUCCAAACAGUCAUCCGCCACCAUAAACUUUCUAUCUAACCAUUCGUAACGAAAGUUAUUAAAAUAUCAAAAAUCUUUUACUUCUCGUGUAUCAAUCUCAUUUGCUCGCACGGUUUUUCCGUACGUCGCAAGGAAAACAAAAUGUGUACGUAUUAUUUUUAAUUGACAGGCUCUCAUUGUCCGAUUAUGUAGGGUCUCCAGAUUUCCAGUAGUUAUCGUUUCAAAUCUUUUUUUUUUUAUAUGUUUAAGACUUAUCCGAUACCGACACUUUGUAAAGGAUGUUACAAAAAUAGAAAUAACUAUAUCAUUUCUGUA